UCCGAGCCGGCCGGGCGUGCGGGCAGGGGGGGGAGGGAAGAGGCCGUAGACGUUUGCUGUACGGGGUCGGGGGGGGACAGCUCUGUUCUCAUCCCUUUUCCCCCUCCGGUGACCGGUGGCGCGGACAGUCAGGGCGGCGGCUGCGGCAGCAAGGGCGGCGGCGGCGGCGGCGGCGGCGGCUGCGGUGACAUGUCCAGCAUGAAUCCCGAAUAUGAUUAUUUAUUCAAGUUACUUCUGAUUGGCGAUUCUGGCGUUGGAAAAUCUUGCCUCCUUCUUAGGUUUGCAGAUGACACAUACACAGAAAGCUACAUCAGCACAAUUGGUGUGGAUUUCAAAAUAAGAACUAUUGAGUUAGAUGGGAAAACAAUCAAGCUUCAAAUAUGGGACACAGCAGGUCAAGAAAGAUUUCGAACAAUCACCUCCAGUUAUUACAGAGGAGCUCACGGCAUCAUAGUUGUGUAUGAUGUGACAGAUCAGGAGUCCUUCAAUAAUGUUAAGCAGUGGCUGCAGGAAAUAGAUCGUUACGCCAGUGAAAACGUUAACAAGUUGUUGGUAGGGAACAAGUGUGACCUGACCACGAAGAAAGUAGUAGACUACACAACGGCAAAGGAAUUUGCUGAUUCUCUUGGAAUUCCAUUUUUGGAAACCAGUGCUAAGAACGCAACGAAUGUAGAACAGUCUUUCAUGACCAUGGCAGCUGAGAUAAAAAAGCGAAUGGGCCCCGGAGCCACAGCUGGCGGUGCAGAGAAGUCCAAUGUUAAGAUCCAGAGCACUCCAGUCAAGCAGUCAGGUGGAGGCUGCUGCUAAAAUUUGCCUCCACCCUUUUCUCACAGCAAUGAAUUUGCAAUCCGAACCCAAGUGAAAAACAAAAAUUGCCUGAAUUGUACUGUAUGUAGCUGCACUACAGCAGAUUCUUACCGUCUCCACAAAGGUCAGAGAUUGUACAUGGUCAAUACUGACUUUUUUUUAUUCCCUUGACUCAAGACAGCUAACUUCACUUUCAGAACUGUUUUAACCCUUUGUGUGCUGGUUUAUAAGACAAUGCGUGUACCCUUGUUGCUUUCCUCAUACCAGACUGUUUCCCGUGGUGGGUUAGGAUGUAUUUUGUUCUGACGUUUCUGUGGGCAUGUUUAGAUGUUGGGUUUAGUCUUCUGAAGAUGAAGUUCAGCCAUUUUGUAUCCAACAGCACAACCAGUGUCUGUCAGUUCCAUGCAUAAGUUUAGUGAGAUGUUAUAUGUAAGAUCUGAUUUGCUAGUUCUUCCUUGUAGAGUUAUAAAUAGAAAGAUUACACUAUCUGAUUAAUAGUUUCUUCAUACUCUGCAUAUAAUUUGUGGCUGCAGAAUAUUGUAAUUUGUUGCACACUAUGUAACAAAACAACCGAAGACAUGUUUAAUAAAUAUUGUACUUAUUGGAAGUAA